AGCACCACCUACUUAAAUAAUCCAAUAACUUCCGCUGACGAUUUUUGAAUGCAGAGCGGUUAAUGUUGGUUUACGACUCAUAAGGGCAAAGUAGCAGAAAAAUACUUGUCUCAAUUUUGAGAUAGAAACGUUCGCAAAAAAAACUGCAAUUAACAAACUAUAAUCUGAGAUGGAUCCUGCUUUGUCGAAGCUUCUUAUCGGGCUCGCUGUCAAUAUAAGUCGUAGUGAUGGAAGAAUACACAGUGCCACUGUGAAAACGGCCAAUGUCACUAAAUCUACAGUGAAUGUGGAAUGGGCUGAGAAGGGCAUUACUAAAGGAAAAGAGGUUGACAUGGAUGAGCUUAAGCAACUCAAUUCUGACCUUAUGCAACACCUUCAACCAAGCCGCCAAGAGAAGCCUGAGUCAGCCCCUGGCCAUUUCGCUGCACCCGUGUCAAAACCAGCAAAAAACGUCAGAGCAUCAGAGCUUCCUUUAAGGUCAUCAAGAAUACCUACUACUUUAGAACCUGGUCCUCAGGAUUGUUCGUCUGAAGAGUCAGCUUCUAGUAGGAUGACCACACGUCAGACUUGCUUGUUCCGACAGCCUGGCCUUCCACCUGUGGUCUCUGCAAUGGCUGCAGAGGAAGUUCUCUCUCACGAUCUUCCCUCAUCUACGAUCCCUAAACCUUCAGGUUACCAGAGGAGUCUUGUUUCGAAGCCAGCUUCUCCUCUGCUACCAACCGCUGAGGCUAUUUGUGAGAGUGAGGCUUCCAAAUGUGCCCCCAUGGGUCCACCAAGCCAUCGCAUGUCUCAGGUCUCAGAAACAAACAAGAUAGCAAACAAACGGUUGUCUCUAGCAAGAAAUUCUGAAGCACAGAAGAGAGGAAAGUUUGGAGAUACAAGUCGACCUAAUAAGCAGUUUUACCAGAUGAUUGAGGAAUACAGAGAGACCCUGGAGAAAGUCCCCAUGUCCUUGUCUGAUCCUGUCAAACCUCACCGAAUAUGUGUCUGCGUUCGCAAACGUCCGCUAAAUAAAAAAGAAUUGGCAAAGAAAGAGAUUGAUGUGGUCACAAUCCCUGGUAAUGGAGCCCUGCUGUUGCAUGAGCCCAAGCAGAAAGUGGAUCUAACCAAGUACCUAGAGAAUCAGACCUUUCAUUUUGAUUACUCGUUCGAUGAAGAUGCCACUAAUGACUUGGUUUACAGGUUCACCGCUAAACCUCUGGUUAAGACCGUUUUCGAAGGUGGUAUGGCGACGUGCUUCGCAUAUGGCCAAACAGGCAGUGGAAAGACCCAUACUAUGGGUGGAGACUUUUCUGGAAAGAGCCAAAACAGCUCUAAAGGGAUUUACGCCCUGGCAGCACAGGAUGUAUUUACCCUCCUAAUGCAAAAGAGAUAUGCUGAUAUGGACCUUUGCCCGUAUGUCACCUUUUUUGAGAUCUACAACGGCAAGGUGUUUGACUUGCUGAAUAAGAAAGCAAAGCUGCGUGUUUUGGAGGAUGAGAAGCAGCAAGUCAAUGUUGUUGGCCUGCAGGAAGUGCCCGUGUCAUCUGUUGAUGAUGUCAUCAAGAUGAUUGAGAGGGGAAGUGCAUGCAGAACGUCUGGCCAAACAUUUGCCAAUGCCAGCUCAUCGCGUUCACAUGCGGUUUUGCAAGUAAUUCUAAGGCGGCGGAAUUUUCUCCAUGGGAAGUUCUCUCUGGUGGACCUUGCUGGGAAUGAGCGUGGCACUGAUGUCAGCAAUAACGAUCGGCACACCAUAGUGGAGACCGCAGAGAUCAACCGCAGCCUGCUGGCUUUGAAGGAGUCUGUUCUCCCAGCGUUUGAGGCUAUAUCCCAAGUGUCUGAGAUGGAGGAGAUGUUUUAUGAAGAACUGAAGGGGUGCAGUGAGGUUGCAAGAUCUAUGGAAUAUCCCUCGUUUGAUAUCGUAGCAAAUUUACCAGAGAUUGACACAUUCAUGAGGAAACUGCAAGAGUCUUACCAGGCUUUGAGAUCAGCUAUUGAAGUAGAACAGAGGGUCAGGAUGUCACCAAACUAAUCUAAGAUGAGAUUCAGCUGCGAACAUCUGCAAAGAAACCUCUUACAAAAGCUAAUGCAACUUCAGUUUGUUCUUUUAGUAAUCUUAUCUGCUAUCUGGCUAGAGAUAUAUCAAGUGUUCGUUUUGUGUAUGUUUUCAUUGUUUUUGUGUACUGAAUAAAGGUUCCCUCAUCUU